GUCCGCGGGCCAGAGGGAGCCAUGGAGACCCCAUAAUAUGACACAGGAAAAUGUUUGCUGAUGGCAAUUCUAUGGGCUUUGUCCGACUCUUUUUCCUUCAUGACGACUCGAUUUAAGUCUCUAAAUGUUUGACUACAAAUGCAGGAGUGCUAUCCAGCUCCUUUCCCUUUGUCCCGCGAGGUUUGAAUGAGUAAUUCAGCCUUUGUGUCGCUCGAUUGAGGGGGCAAACAGAAAGACAAGAUUCUUGAGCCUUCAAGACCCUUUCCAUGGUUAUGCACUCUUCAGAUCCCACCACCCCUCACCAAAUCCUACAGCUGACAUCACUCUUGGGGAGGGAAUAACGGGCUUAUGUGUUAGAAACUCAACUUUAACCGCUCUGAUAUCAGGUUAUAAUGCAUGCAUGCACGACAAGAAUUCGCACUCGUUUUUUAAAUGCACAUUUACUAUUUUCGGAGCAGAAAUCAUCUUGUAGGAGAAAUAUCGCAUCCCCUCAGCGGCUUUCCCCCCUCCAGAUCUCCAUGACAACAAUUUGCGAUGGUGAAGAAUUUGAUACCAGGGCGCUUGGAGGCUGAUUGGGGUGCAUUGUAAGAGGCCUGGGGUCGCUGAUUGGUUCAAGGGAAGCACCAUAACUACAAGGAGUUUAUAUUCAUUCAACUUGUUGAAGUGCUCCUAUACUGCAGCCUGGGAGAAGUCUGAGGUUAGACUGAGAGAAUCUGGACUGAUCCAGCAGUGAUCCUGACGGUGGAUUGCCUUUUUUUAACAUGGACUGAACAAACCCCAGGUACAAUAUGGCAAAUGCAGACAGUGAGGUCAAAACUUUACUAAAUUUUGUAAAUCUGGCAUCCAGCGACAUCAAGGCGGCCCUAGAUAAGUCCGCUCCGUGCAGGCGCUCCGUGGAUCACCGGAAAUAUCUGCAGAAACAACUGAAGCGCUUCUCUCAAAAAUACUCCAGAGUCCCAAGAUGCCACACACACAGGUCUGCGGAGUAUAGGUGCGCCAAACCGAUGGGGACUGUCCAUCAGAGUGUGACAGAAAAGGCCAGCUCUGGUGCGCAGGAUGUGGAUCACCUGGGGAGCUCUGUGGAGCAGGUGCCUAUGAGGAAACGCCAGCUACCGGCCUCAUUUUGGGAGGAACCUAAGUUGACCCCAACCAAGAGGGAGCACUCAUAUUUAGGAAUGAAAAGGAGCCAUGCAGGCACAUCGGAGGGAACUGAGAAUGAAAAGAGGAAACGAAGUUAUGAUGAUGAUGGUGCAAAGGCCGCAAUAUCUGCGUGCAGCCGGCGCAGCUCGACGGAUAAAGAGACGCUGAAACUGGACGUGACCUCUCACCACUGCGUGAGUGUGUGCGGCUGUUGCCCUUUCCAGUACCACGGACAUCAGAUCCUUCACAAUCACAUUUUUGUCCCUCAUCCGCCCCUGGGAUUGUGGAGCAAAGCAUCAGGGACUGAGACGGAGAGAUCCGAGCAUCCUUAUGGACAGAAAAUUCACACGCACGUUGUUGUCAAACCCAUACCGACCAAGCCCACCGCUCAGUCACCAAUCUUCAGUGUGUUUGGAUUCAUUUAAUUAACUCACUAAAUGAACCCAUCACACAAAACUCGUGUAAAUAGGACUAAUGACUUUCAGCGUUUCUCUUUCAGCAUUUUAAAACGAGAUACUUCCUCCAGCACUUAUUGAAAUGCUUCAUCUAUUUUUUGUCUUUUAAACCUAAAGGACUAAAUUGCACUGAAUAAUUUCAUCAUCUUCACUUUCAUGCCAGUCUUAUGCCUGAAAAUUGACAGUAAGGUAAAAAGGUUUCUACUUUUAGGUGUCUACAGAGGAUGAUUGUUCUUUUUAUAAGUUAAAAAAAAGUCAUAGAAUGAAUCCAAACAUCCUGUUUUAGUUUCCUCUUUUAAGUAUGAGAAUUGCCUUUCUUUGUCAAAGUAAUGUUUGAUAGGCACAUUUGAAACAAUGACUUUUAUUUUUAAAUAAAUGAUUCAACU